CUCGAACUCUCGGCUCGUGUGUCGCGUCGACAGUGUAACUGGAACUAGACCCGGAAGUCAUGGAAGUGAAAAUGUGUAGUGAACGUAUGGGCUACACUGCAUUGUGGGAUGAUGGAAUAAUCUCUCCAGCAUGUCCAGUGUGAAUGAAUGAGCAGUCGAAGUUGACAUCUAUGAUUAAAUCCGGAAAGAAUGUUUCAACCUGACACCCCAUUUUCCUUCAUACAUCAUCUCAAUAAAGGUUCCCGAGCGUGUAAGAUGCUAUAACCGGCGACAGCUGGACACGACCACACGGUCUCACCAGAUGGCCGAGAAACACCCUCCAACCAGCCAACCCCGCACUCCCGCCCAACUCAAGGAUGUCAAGCUCAAAGAUCGCAUCCAUCUCUUUGAAGAGAAGUCGAACCAGCCGGUUGUCAACAAGAACAUGUCAGCCAACAACUCGGAGCAGGCCCGCUACCCUAAAGUUGUGUCACCCGAGCACAAGAGGUGGUCUCAAGUUGAGACAGAUAUGCCAGGCGUUCUGACGCCCCCUUGGCUAAAAUUGGGCAAAAAUGAACCCCCAAGGAGUCCUAUAAGCACUGGCGUAAUGUCGCCAGCUGCGGCGGAGAGAUCCAAGAUAAGGUCAAAGACGUUGGUGACCAGACCAUCUCCAACCGUAACCAAGAAUGGCCAGUUUACAUUUGCAGAGGUGGAUAAGGGUAAGCCACCUCUGCCAGGCAAACCGACAAACGUGGCGCAGACAAGGUCGGACGUCGUUUACGUAAAGGGUACGCCGGUGAGACUGAGAAAUGGCCGCAAGUGUUCGGCCGACUAUCCCGAGGCCCGGAGUACAGUCUUUGAGAUGAUAAAAAACUUUGAGACGAAAGAAGACACCAGGGUAGAAAAAGGUCAACCCAAGCAAAAUGGCGCCUCUCUGGAUGUGAUCCCAGGAAAUAACAUCCAUCGCAGGAGUGCCGAACUGAAUCGGUUGAGCCAAGAGAACGAAACCAGAACUAGACCAGUGCCUCCGCCGAGGAGGCUACAGCGCAGGAGAUCAAAGAGCGUCUCUGAUAUUCACUCGGAGGUUGAGUCAAUUCCUGAGCCGUUGCUCCCACCCGCAAAACCGAAGAGGACGUACGACCAUGAUAUCUACGAGGAAUCUAAAGUGCUUAUGAAGCAAAAGCGGCAGCUGCCAAACAGUGGCCUGAAAAACAGCAGACUAGUCAAUCCCCUCUACGAGAUUGGCCCAGACGAAGAGGACGAGGAAGAUAAACCCAAGGGAAGACCUCAGUUUGAAUCCUCCACCCCUGAUGCCAAGAUGCCGGGUAGACACAAAGAACUUCCUCCUGUGCCCAACAUCCCUCCCUACACCCCACCGCUUCAUAGACCCAGGGGUCAAAGUUCAGAGGUCAGCACGGUUGACUCAGUAUCUCCCUCUGGACUGACUGACCCUCUCGCUCCAGAACGACCUCGUAGCGAAACCACUCCCGUCAGUAAGUAUGAUCGCCACCCCGCCAACAGCCUGACCCGUUCCCACUCUAGUGAGGACGUCGGCAAAGAGCACCAAACACCAGGGUACAUGUACAAGCCACCGAAGCAGUUUAGCCAGUUGCAGGAGCGCAAACAAACGGGCCGGGUGUCGGACUACGAUGAACCCAUCUAUCCGCUCUACCCAAAAUCCAAGACAGGCGAGGACAGCAUUGUCAAUGAGCCUGAUCGGCGGGACACCGUCAUAGACGCAGAUGGUUACUCGGUCCCUGGCAGUCAUCUUUGGAAGAAACCAGAGCCUCACGACGAGACGAAGAAACCAACGUUCUGGCACGGCAGGGUCAUGUCAUUGAAACCUGGGAUACCAGCACGUGUCACUUCAAAGCGAUUUUCUGAGCCUAACCGUUCUUGGCGCUCGGUGCGCAUAUACGAACCCGAGAAGGACCGUUUGAGCAUCCCGGGACUAGAGGUCAUUGACGACAUCGAUGAUGAGAAUGAUGAGCUGUCGCGGAGCAGGAAGACAAGCAGCGAGAAGCGAGCAGUUGCUACCCACACCUACACAGAGCCAGGCAGCCAUGUUGAGCAUGACAGCGGGCUGGAACCGUCGAUAAGGCAACGCAGCCGAUUAUUAACGAUGAGAAGAAAGCUCAAUGAUGCAUUCCAUAUAAAACAUCCAAGGAAUCCUAAAACUCUCCAAGAAGACGACCGCAUCUCAGUGACGUCGGAGGACAGCGAUGGUGAAGUCAAUGAAGCAGUUAUGCACAAGAGACUCACUCAUGCCCGGGCUGUGAAGAAACGCUCCUCGGUCUACUGCAACGUUGACCGGCGGAUCAUCAGUGAGAGUAAACUGUACGACUACCUUCUGGUCAUCACGCUGAAAUAUAACGAAGAAACGCGGCGCUACUAUCCCGUUGAGAAGUACAGAUAUCCUGAAGAGAUCAGCAGCAGCCAGAAUGAUAAACUACGUGCAAUUCCCCACUUCUGUUUCCCGGACGCCUUCAAGUGGGCACCAGUUGAGGAAUACAACAGUGAGAGCUAUUCUUUUGUCCUGACGAGCAUGGAUGGCUCCAGGUUAUAUGGCUACAACAGAAGACUACUGCCCCCUGGUGACAAGCCCCGCCUACCGGAGGUCUACUGUAUCAUCACCCCCAUCAGCUGUAGUCUGCUCUACACCCAGCUGCUUGACGGGAUCGAGAAGCGAAGACACAGGUCCAGGUGGGAAAUGGAGAAGCUGAUACGGGAAGCUCAUAAGAGGACUGUCCCCCUACCAGGUAAAUCAAUCUGUAUCAUGGAGAUGGGUGAAGACAUAGAUAAGAGAACGAGCAUGGUGCAACCACUGGCACUGCAGAGACCCAAAGACUCCAGAUUAGAGCAUGUGGACAUUGAUUGUCUGUUCAACGCAUUGGAGAUUACUCAAGUCAUUCAGGUCUUUGCCUCGUUGUUGUUUGAGCGUCGAAUCAUCAUGUUCUCAGGCAAAAUCAGUAAACUAUCCAAGUGCUCCCAGGCGGCGGCCGCACUCCUGUACCCGUUUGCAUGGCAACACGUCUACGUGCCUGUCCUACCAGAGAAGCUGAUUGACAUGUCUUGUUCACCGACUCCUUACAUCAUGGGCAUGCUGGCGCUAUGUAUUCCCAAUGUGGAGAUGCUACCGAUAGAUGAGGCUCUACUGGUAGAUCUGGACUCCCGAGACUUCUACACGUGCGUCGGAGAUGAGGAAACAAUCAUCCCGAGGAAGUUGUCCCAGGCCUUGGAGAGAGCGCUGAAGGACAUCUUCAAGAACUGCACAGGGGACAACGAAGGCUGUGACCAUGAAACCAAGAACCGAGCCAUCUCAGAGGUCUUCAUCCGCUUCUUCGUGGAGACCUGCGGCCACUACGUCACCCACUUCACCUCGGACUUCGAGGGCAACCUCAAGUUUGACCGGGAGGGCUUCAUUGCUGCCGUCCCCUCCCGCAGCAUCCGGCGCUUCUUGGAGGUCUUCACCGAGACCCAGAUGUUCUCCCUCUUCAUCCAGGAGAAGGAGACGGAGGUAGAAGGCAUCUCCCAAGGCCUAUUUGAGACGCGAGUGCGGGAGUGGGAAGCAGAGUGCAAAGUCAACGCCAACAAGUUUGGGGCCAGGGUUAAAAAGAUUGGAAAAGUCGUCAGAGAAGGAGGUAAAAUGAUGGCAGACACGGCCAAUGUUGUCCGGACAAAGGUCAAGGCUAACCUGGACUCCAAGGUUUGACCGGCAGACUGACCACCAUUCCAACAUCACCAAAUAAAUUGCCUAUGCAGGGAAUCGUGUAAGCAAUUACUUCCAGCACUGGUGGCCAGACUAGCUUUGUGGAACUACCCCCGACUGCUUGCAUUUUGACCUCAGUUUGAAUCCCGGCUGAUCAUAUAGAUUGGUUGCACAGUGGUAAUGUUCCUGUUGUCCGCCAUUUUGUCUUGGGUUCGAAUCCUAACUUGAUCAGUAUGGGGCUAGAAACAAUGGCACAUGAACCAUCCAAACGUCCACUAAUUUGGCUAAGGUUCAAAUUCACAGCCAAUGCGUACUAUCCCUGAUAUCCACCAUUUUGUUCAAUUCCUAACCAAGCAUGAAGGGAUUUGCAAAGUGGUACUUACCUGCCCUCCACCAUUUUGUCUAGGGUUCACACCCCAACCCAGCAUGUGCAGGCAUGCACGGUGGUAGUAUCCCUCAUGUUCACCAUUAAGACUUGGGUUUGAAUUCUGCACAAUGGUGCAUGAACCGCCCCAACUUCCACUAGUUUGGCUAAGGUUUGAAUUCAUACCCAGUACGGUACUAUAUCCGAUAUCUACCAUUUUGUCCCAGAUUCAGUUAAACCAAGCAAAAAAGGGAUUUAUACAGUAGUACCACCUGUGACCUCCACCAUUUUGUCCUAGGUUCGAAUCUUAAUCUGACCUGUUAGGGCUAGCACAAUGGUACAUGAACCACCCAACUUCCACUAGUUUGGCUAAGGUUCGAAUUCAUAGCCAGUUACGUACUAUCCCCAGUAACCAUUAUGUUGUUCUAGGUUUAAUUCCUAAACGAAGCAUGAAGGCAUUUGUACAGCAGUACCACCCGUGACCUCCACCAUUUUGUCCUGGGUUCGAAUCCUAAUCCGACAGGUAGGGGCUAGCACAAUGUUGAACGAACUUCCCCAAUUUCCACUAGUUUGGCUUAAGUUCGAAUCCCAACCCGGCCGUAGAAGUUUACACGGUGGUAGGAUCCCUGAUGUCCACCGUUUUGUCUCAGGUUGAAUCCUAACCCUAACUUAACCAAACAUGAAUGGAUUUGUAUUGUGUUACCACCCCCUACCUCCGUUAUUUUGUCUUGGGUUCGAAUCCUAGCUUGGCACCUUGCAUAGUGGUAUCAACUCUGACCUCCACAAGUUUUGCUUGGAUUCAGAUCCCUACCAAGCGUGUCUAGUAUGGCUUACACAGUUUCUAGGAUGACUUUCCCUCUGCCAUGUUCACCAUGGUUCAAAUUAAUUCCGACCAAGUCAUCUCAUGGGACGAUACAUUUUUAUCCAGUUUCCCUGGCCCAGUUUCGUGUAGGUUGCGCUAGUUACUUUUUUAUCCUCCAACACAUCAGACUUUGGUUCGAAACCUGCUUGUGGUAAGCACGCUCUUGACACUGGUACCCCUCAAGCAUUCCACUUCUGGGACUGGGUUCGAAUCCGACGUGGUCAGCUACCUGAAGCAAAACCUGGCUUAGUCCGCACCAGUGCCUUCAUUAGAACUAUUUAAAUUCCCAGUGUAUAGCUUCCAUCUAGCCUGCAGGUUCAAGGCUUAUACAUGUAUGUGUAUAUAACACUCUAUUUUUUAUCAUUCAUUAAUAUUUAUCAUAAGUCAUGAAUAUGUACAUUGUGGCUCAUGAAUAUUUACAAGGUAGUAUUGAGUAUUCAAUAAUUGUGUAUUGAUGAAUAUUCAAAGCUAGAAUAUAUACAUCCGUAAUGGUUGGUUUUGAAUGUCAAUUAAACCAGUUACAGUUUUGUAUACAUUUCUAAAACCUUGUAAGUUUCUCAAUGGCCAGAAGCUAUAUUUGAUUUUUGUCUGAAUUUUUAACCUUUUUUUUUUUCAAAUUAAAUUUUAAACGAAAAAUCUUUUACUUUUUUUUUGUUUAGUACAAAAAUUAUGUUGAGAUAAAAUUGGCAACUAUGCAAAUCAGUGCCGAGAAACGGGAAUCAAACUUGCCCGAAAAAGGUGGUUUGUGUCAUUUUGGAAGGAAACAGUUGAUCAUUACGGAUGCAAAAUCAAAUGAAAAUCUAGGGUUUGAUAAUUAAAAAUUUCAAGGAUGAUCAUGCACUUUACCAUGAAGGUUGGAAAUUUGUACAUAUUAAACAAAAACAAACUCUAUGGAUUGCUUUCGCUCAAACAAUCUGACUUUCAAAUGUACAAAGGAAAAUUUGACGGAAAUUCAAGACGGAAGUUGCCUUGAUCAGAGACUUGCACCAGUCCAUUUUUGGUCAAACUCUCAAGCAUGUCAAAGUGUAUUACAUGUAUAAGCCUCAGAAUUUUACAGAAAACAAAAGACUAGACAAGUCGAUAAGUUGUUUCUAUCAAUGCAUUCAUUGUGUUUCCUCACAAUAACAGUCAUAAGUUGUAUUAUUAUUUUUUAUAUACCACUUUAUAUUUUUGUAUAUUAGGUGCUGAGAUUUGGUUAUAUACAUGUAACAUUAACUGUUUUAUAUUCAUUUGUAAAUAUGCAGCAUAGUCGUGUACAAAAAAUGUCCAGCUUAGCUUUUUGUUGGUUGUAAAUUUGAAUAUGCCCCUACUUGCAGACUGGCCUUAUUUUGAAAGAGUGAGGGCGUAGACAUGACUCUUAAACUAGUAAUGAUAUAGAUAUUAAUGUGUUGCUAGAAUUCAAAAAUUUAAAUUUUAUAAUGUUAAUUUUUAAUUUUCUUUUUAGAUUGUAGUGGAGUUGCUGAAUUGCUUCCAUUCAAGUGAUUUUUUUUUCUGAUUGCUUAACCUCAUUUGCUCAAAAUAUGGCCUAUUUCACAAAUAUGCUCAGAUGUAAAAUCAAGAAUUACGUCGGUGCUGAGUAAAUUGUAAAGAGCCUUUUUUGUCCAAGCGAAUUUUAAUCAAAGUUUGUUCUUAAUAGCAAACGAAGCAAGAUAUAUUACGUGUGAAGAGGAAGAGACCUAUACAUUAAGUCCCGCCCCAUGGUGUUCCUGUCCAAUCACAGCCGUGAUGGAGGUGAUGGAACGCGCGUUGGCAACGCGCGCGUGUGUUGCUUACGUCAAUAGUGGGCGAGGCAAAUGGAUGGGUUAUUUGGGAAAAGUGAUCUAUUUUUGUGUUGGGGUAAAUAACUCGAACUUGUGAAGACUUUCAAUUCAAGGAUUUUUUUGCUUCGGUUUGUUUUGUGUUUUGUUUUAUUUGCAACUCGUUUGUUCGCCCUUUGUAAGAUAUUCUGUACCAUAGCAGUAAAUAUAGAAGAAAGAUGUAACUAUUACUCCUGCUUGUAUACCAUAGUUUAUCCAAAUUAUGAAAUUAUGAAAUGUGAUAUUGUACUUGUGUGAAACGGACAUCAGUCACGUAAACAUGCAGCUAAGUUUAUUGUUAUUCCUUUGUUUGUUCGUUUUUGUACACAGGGUUGUUGAAAUGAAAUACAGAACACAUAUUACCCAGGAUGAACGUUCACUGUUUGCCUUUCUGGAUCUGUGUACAAACAAUUUGCCGUGUUAAGCAUUACGUUUUCAUUUGGAUGACGUGUGACUUCAUUUGAUCGUUUUGGGUUCACUUUUACUAUUCAUUAAUUCGAAUAAAUCAUUUUGUGCAGACGUAUGGCGAUUUCCGCAUUA